AUGGACCGAGUGUUAGGCAUCUCCCAUCAUUUUUCGCAGAGGACCAGCUUCACUUUCGGAGACUACAUCGCCAUGGACCCCCUCUCCAUCGCGGCGAGCGUCACUGGUGUCUUGGCAUUUGCCGCAUCUACAGCGCGCGGCUUGCACUCGCUGGUCAUGGAGAUACGGGACGCGCCCGAGGAUAUUUCAGCUGUCGGACGCGAUGUGCAGUCUCUCGUAGCGGUCCUGGCGUCGGCGCAGGAGACGUGCACCAAGUACGAUAUUUGCCGCGAAGACAAAGCACUUGCCGUCGCGCUAGGAGACUACCUCGAUAUGUGCCAGGAAGCCAUGCAGGGAAUGCACGUCUUGCUCAAGCCGCUGGCAUCAACGGGCGGAGGAGGCAAAAGAAGUCCGCUGAGAUUCGCACUCGGUUGGACAAUGCGGAAGAGUGAGAUACGAGGUCUGAGAGCAAGACUAAACGAGGGCAAGGCAAGUUUGAAUCUAACAUUGUCGGCACUGAACGGCCUGCUGGAAGGCAAAGGUCAAGACGACAUCAGGGCGGAUAUCAAGGACGCCUACGUCAAGAUCAUGAGCGAGUUCCGAAAUUUCGAAGCUGGGAAAAGAGUCAAACGGCGGAUCGAAGACGAUGUCGCAAGCGCUUCAACAGAGCGCGGCCGUCGGGCGUCACUGUCCGAGGUCACCGACCCCGAGUUCUCCCUGAGGCGCUUUCUCCAGCCAGUAACGGAUGACAGGCUCGUGGCACGCGGUAUCAAUGCCACGAUGGGCGAGAGCCACAAUACCGCAGAUACGGCAGCGCUCUUGAGUCCUUGGGCUAGUGAUCCCAACGCCAUACUCGAGGCAGUCAGAGCUCGGAAUCAGCACCUUAUCGAGACACUUCUCAAUCAAGGAUUAUCCCUAUCGACAAGAUCGGUACAGGGUUAUACGGUCCUGCAUUAUUGCGCUAUCGCCGACGACGCAGAGACUGCAAACCUGCUGAUUGAGCACGGAGCCGAUAUCAACGCUAAGGACUACGAGCUGCGAAGUCCUUUCCGCCUGGCCUUAGCUUCAGAAGCUUUGAGCGUGGCGCGUCUCUUGUCUGAGAAGGGAUGCAUCAUCGGAGACUCAUCCACCGCGCUGCUACGGCUUACAGGACGUUCUGAAGAGGUCCCUGGUGUUCGUCCGCUUCUACAGUCCCUGGCGAAGCGGCUCAUUGAAACUGGUCAAGGCCCUUUCUUACUACACCAGGCCAUUUCCGACGUCGACAAAUCUUCGAUGAAGAUACUUCUCGACGAGGGGUUCAGCAUUAGCAAGCCUGAUCAUCGCGGAAUCACACCCUUUUAUCACGCCUUCAGAUGCGAUAGCCGACCUGCGAUGCGCAUCCUUGUAGAAAGAGGUGCUGAUGUGAACCAAAGAAUCACAAGGCACGUGAUCGAUGAAGCCGGAUUGCCCGAGACUUGGCCAGACACGGAUGUCUCCGACAAUCUGUAUGGAGCCACUGCAGUAUUUCUUGCGGCGCGAUAUAAAAGAGACCCAGCAAUGACAAGGUUUCUCAUUGAUCUUGGAGCCGAUCCCGAUGCCCCAAUGUGGGAUGGCAUGGGUAUAUGCGCAAGAGAUUUCACCGCACAAGCAAAGGUCAUGGUCGAGGGCGGUUCGGACAUCAACCGCCCAACACAUGGCGGGCGCGGGGUUUUGUAUUGGACCACGAUUUGCGAAAACAAUGAUCUGAUGAAGACCCUCAUCGCCCACGGAGGGGAUGUCAACUCGUCACAUCCGGAUGAAGGAACAUUGCUCAUGAUUGCAGCGGCCAGGGGAAAUCUAGAAAUGACGAGAAUGCUGGUAGAAGCAGGCGCGGACGUGUUCAAGCUGGAUAAGGACGGCAAAACUGCCUUGCAGAUUGCGUCUUCUCAUGGAAAACAGGAUGUUGUAAAUGCACUUCAGGCGGUCAUGUAG